AGAGUAGCGAAGGGCCCGUCGUUAUCGGUGUUAAUGACUGUCGGGAAUGAAAGGCUUGAGUACUACGACAUUCGCUGCGCUUUGUGGGUUUUGUGUUUAUAUCCUCACGAGGUCAAGAAAGACUGUCGUCUCCUCCUUCGUCGCCCCGGGAUUAUCUGCGCUGACUUCGAGACUCACCGUCGGCACGCUGCUGAGAAGCCAGUCCAUCUGUGGCUCAACACAACGGGUGAACGGGCGGCUAUCAAGGAGGAGCUAUCUCGACGCAGGAAAAAAACCCCUGCUACUAUCGUCGAGGACUCUGACGACGAAGAGGUGGAUUUUGUGUCCCCCAGGCCGAAGAAACACAGGCUCAGCCUCUUAGAGUCUUAG